UGAGGACGUCAGUAACAGGGUGUUCCCUUGCUUUAAGUAAGGUGUUGUUAAGGUGUUUUCUUGACAAAUUUUAUUCUAAAACAGGAGGUAUUACACUGGAUGCUACAUCUGUGGGUUAAUCCAGCUUCUUUCACACAAGUUUACUGAAUAGGUGUUCUCCUCUACUUUCUAACUACACCAGUCAGAUGGACAACAUUCCACCAUCUGCUCUUCAAUAUACCAGAAAUGAGACCUCGUUACUCAGGCUCAUUGGAAAUGAUCUGCACCUUGCCGUGAAGGAAGAUGAAGAUGAGUUUGAAGAUGCUGGGGCAAUUAUGAAGCAGCAUCCAGAGAAGAUGCAACUGUAUUUGCACGUGGAUCAGGACUUUCAACAUCUUGGAGAAGCCGUCAAGAACAUGAUAUUCAAAUGUUUGCCACAGAUCAGCAGAAUCAGUGUAUCUACAUCUGAAAUCUCUGGAUUUGGUUCACGAGAGCUGUCAACAAACUUUGGGAUCCGUUCACGUGCAAGUUCUACAGAUUCUGGAAUUGGUUCAAGGGAAAGUUCCGACACUAAUUCCAGGGAAAGUUCCGACACUAAUUCCAGGCUUCCCAGUCCUAUAAACAACUUUUUACUGCAACUUUUUCUUCAAGCAGCACUAAACGAAGCACAAACAGGACAGAAGACAGUGAUGCUGUUAUCAGAAGUCAUUGAUCUUCAUACCAUUUUUGAGGCAAACGUUUACAAUGUAACAUCAUCACAUCCAUACACUGAAUUUCUGCUGGAUCUGUUUUCCCAUAUUAAAGACUUUGACACAGAAAAAAGCAAAAGUCUUCAGUCAAUAUUACAUCCAGUUUAUCAAUCAGCUCCUGCAGUCUGGGAUAUAGACCUCUCUAAGAGAAAGGCGUCCAUCCUCCAUGAAGUGCUGAAAUUCCAAACAGAGAAAAAAACAGUAAAUAUUUUAAGCUGGUCAGAUGAAGAGAAUGAGCUAAAGAGUUUUCUCCAGUAUCUGCCCUAUAUUUCACAUCUAAGAUUGUCUGAUAGGCAUUUUGACAAAGAAGAAGCCAUCAGAUUCAUUGCCAAUCUCUUCAUUCAAGCAGCAGAGUGUGACAUGAAGACAGGAGAGAAGAAACUGCAGCUCCUCUCAUCAGUCUGCAGUUAUUCCUCUUUCCCAUUUUUUGGUGACAAAAACUGUGAAGAUUUAAAAAAGCAGAGUGAAUUUCUGCUGGAUCUGUACUCAUAUUUCAAGUAUUUUAAUAAUCCAUCAUAUAAACAUGUUCUGCUGGCAUUGCAGCCAGUUUAUCAAUCAGCUCCUGCAGUCUGGGUUAUAGACCUCUAUGAGACCUUUGUCUCCACCCUUUUUGAAGUGCUGGAAUUCCAGAGAGUGAAGAAACCAGUAAAGCUUGUUGGCUGGUCAGAUGAAGAAAAUGAGUUAAAGAGUUUUCUCCAGUGUCUGCCCUAUGUUUCCCAACUGGGAUACUAUCUUGCAUGGUAUUUUUACUCAGAAGAAGCCGUCAGAUUCAUUGCCAAUCUCUUCAUUCAAGCAGUAGAGUGUGACAGAGAGACAGGAGAGAAGAAACUGCAGCUCCUCUCGUCAGUCUGCAGUUAUUCCUCUUUCCCUUUUGCUGGUGACACAAACACUGAUGAUGAUUUAAAAAAACAGAGUGAUUUUCUGCUGGAUCUGUACUCAUUUUUGAAAGACUGCAAGAAUCCAUCACAUAGGAAUGUUCUGCUGGCAUUGCAGCCAGUUUAUCAAUCAGCUCCUGCAGUCUGGGUUAUAAACCUCUCUAGGAGGAAGGCGUCCAUCCUCUUUAAAAUGCUGGAACUACAGUCAAUGAAGAAACCAGUAAAGCUUGUUGGCUGGUCAGAUGAAGAGAAUGAGUUAAAGAGUUUUCUCCAGUGUCUGCCCUAUGUUUCCCAGCUGGGAUUGUCUGAUAGGCGUUUUUACUCAGAAGAAGCCAUUAGAUUCAUUGCCAAUCUCUUCAUUCAAGCAGCAGAGUGUGACAGAAAGACAGGAGAGAAGAAACUGCAGCUCCUCUCAUCAGUCUGCAGUUAUUCCUCUUUCCCAUUUUUUGGUGACAAAAACUGUAAGGAUUUAAAAAAGCAGAGUGACUUUCUGCUGGAUCUGUACUCAUUUUUGAAAGACUGUGAGAAUCCAUCAUAUAAGCAUGUUCUGCUGGCAUUGCAGCCAGUUUUUCAAUCAGCUCCUGCAGUCUGGGUUAUAGACCUCUCUAAGAGGAAGGCGUCCAUCCUCCUUGAAGUGCUGGAACUCCAGACAGUGAAGAAACCAGUAAAGCUUGAUGGCUGGUCAAAUGAAGAGAAUGAACAAAGGGGUUUGCUGCAGUGUCUGCACUAUGUUUCAGAACUGAAUAUCAGCAAGCAGGUUCUGCAGCAGCUCCUCUGUCUGACCUCCAUGGGGGAUGAAGUCCAGGUUGCCAGGCAGGCUGCCUCCCUCUCCAGGGCCCUGGGCAGGGAAGUGAAUCUCAGCCGUAUUCUGACUGACCCCCAAACUUGCAUGUCACUGGCCAUGGUGCUGGAGCAGGCAGAGGGGCUGUCAAAGCUGGAUCUCAGUCACUGUCAGCUGGACGACCACAAGGUGGAGCUGCUGCUCCCACAUCUGCACAAAGUGCAAAUACUGGACCUCAGUAACAAUGACAUAUCUGACCUUGGAGCUCUGAGAAUCCACAGUGUCGUUUCCACUAGCAGCUAUAUCCAAACAGUGAGGCUGUUUAACAACAGAAUCACGGACACGGUGACCUUCCUGACAGACCCACGCUAUGAUUUAUGGGACCAGUCAAAGGGCCAAAUUACAGUGGAGCUCAAACCAGAUGUAGACUCUCAUAAUGGUGAACUUUCCUACAGCUUCAGCUGUGAAUCAGGAGGCCACUUUCAGUGCAGCGCGACACGGCUGGUGUUUCAGAUGAAGGCAGCAGGCAAGGUGGAGUACAGUCCCACUUACUGGGAUGAGGCUGCUUUGAAAACUGCUGGAUACCAGCCUGCAGGGCCCUUAUUCAACAUCGAGAAUCCCGAAAAAGGGCUUUGUUCAUUGCAGCUUCCACACUGUGAGGCUGAUGUGGAAGGACGAGUGCACCUGUCUGUGGCCCAUUUCUGUGGUGGAAAUAUGGAGGUGCUGAAGCCCAUGGAAGUAACAGACACUCAUGUGAAGAUCCAUGUCCAGGAUCUCUCUCUGUUUGGCAUCGUUAGAAGGAUAUUAUCAUUAAUUACAUCUAGCAUCCGCGGGCAGGUCUUACUUUUCCAGCCACGCAGAAGCACUCCUCAGAAACAGAUAUAUGUCUUCCUGUUACCCUCCAAUGUGCCGCUUAGCCAGGUGAGUGAGCAGCACAAAGAGUGCAUGUACAUAAAAACCAGCUCAGAUUGCACCUUGACUCCAAACCAAAAAUACAGUGUUACCUCAGAACUUGAAGUACAUCAUGAAAUCCAGCCUAAGUCACAGGAGUUUUUCUGGAACUUUGGCCCAAAUUUCCACCCAACAUUUGAGAUUUUCUUCAGCAAUGACAUCACAGCCCUGCAACUGGCUGUUUUGGAGAAUGGAGAGUGUGAAGUAUGGGCUCGCAAAGUACAUUUAUCAGCAGAAGCAGCUCCAGCACCAGCAGAAAACUGUCACGUCUCACAGAUAGAUUGGAAAGAUUAUCUAUUAGAUGUAUUGGAGGAGCUGACAGAUGAAGAGGUGAAGAAUCUGGGGAUGCGCAUGCCGCCCCCUGCAGGCCAUAAGGGCAUCCCAAAAAGCAAGCUGCAUGGAGCUGACCGCCCAGACCUGAGGAACUUCAUGGUAGAGAGUUGGGGAAUGGAAGGCUCCAUCACGGCCACCAAGGAGGGGCUGAGUAAAAUCCAACGUAAUGAUUUGAUCGAGGAGCUAAAUGACGUCCUGCAGAAACUCUCCCACUGAAAAAAUCCUCUGGAUGAAGCCUGUGCUCUUCACACAGGAAAAGCCUCUUACUGUGAUAACUAAUUAGAAAGAAUAAUACAGCCGCAAAGGAAGAUGACGUGUACAGAUACUAACAAACAGAGCAAAUGCAAAAUAAAGUGAGAAACGACACAAUACGAACAAUAUCGUGCAAGGUUGUGAGGGUGGGCUUUUGCAGAAAUUUUUGUAACAUGCAUCCAGGAAAAUGCUUAUGGCAUUACAAACUUCUAUGAAUAAGUUUAAUAGUUAGUUUUUUCAGUUUUAUCUUUCUCUUCCCCCCUUUGGUUCUUCUACACUCUAGUGGGUUGACCUACAAACUUUAUACAGUAUACAGUAUAUAGUGUUUUGACGUAACAUUUAAAAGUCAAAGGUAUAAAUGUACCUACUCUUUGAAUGCAAGAGCUGGUAUGGAAUGCUGGAUGAAAUGUCAGCAGCAGACUCUAAUUACUAAUGCUAAUAUGAGUGUGUCUUGGGGGACGUAAGCAUAUUAUAAACAAGCCAUGCAAAAGUCAGAUAUAGUAUGAUAAACUCAUUAUAAGCCACCACCUUACUACUGUUUUACACUGUUUUAUAUUGACCUACAGUAUUUUGAAAUGUCCAGGGGUGGCUUUCCAGAAAGCGAUCGAUCUUAGUGAAUAAUAAACAAAAUAACGAACGACAUGUAAAGAAUGAGUGCGGUCUACAGGCGUUUCCAGAAGCCAUUAUUUUUUUCAAAUUUAAUCAAUUUCAUUUCAAUGUAAUCAUGCAACAUAUGAACGUCAUUUAAUCUAGCAAAACAUGAAUAAUUACAUAACAUAUUUACUUCCAAGAUGGUAGAUGUAUAUAUUGACCAUAUAUACUGUAUGUACUAGUGAGUAACUUUAUAGUUGCAUGACUUUAAGAUAAAAAUUCUGUAAUUGUUUGUCUUCUCUAACAAUAUGCCUUUGGGUUAUGUCAGCCUUCUAAGUCCUUUUCCAUGCUCAUGUAUUUAUAAAUUUUGCAUAUUUAACUGUUAUACCUUUCCAUGACUUACAUUCCAAUGAUGAAGCAAGCAGUAUGUCCCACUCGCCCAGGAGAAGCAGACCCUCUGGAAUGAUAUUCAGUCUCUCGGAGGAGGGGUUUCCUUUUAGCUUUGACUGCCAAAUUGCUCCAAUAUCUCAAUCUGCCCCCUGGAUUUUCUUUGUCUAGGGCUGUAAGUCAUUUUGUCCAUAUCCUUGCACUAGGCAUUGCCAACCUGUCUGCACACAAACAUGCCUGUGGCAAGACCCAUCGAUGACCAUAGCAAAGUGUUUUGAUGGAAAAUGGCCUGAGUCUACGGCUUGCAGACCUUCAGAGAGUUUAUGUAGUGCCUAUGUGAAAUUAUGAAAAUGUAUCAUGACUUACCUUCUCACGUUUCCUACCUGUUCUUAAUGGUUAAAUAACCUUUGAUAUUCUGAA